AUGGGUGCAUGUUGUAGUUGUCUCAAGGACUCCUCUGACGAGGCUAGUGUUCUACCAAUUGCAGACAAUGAACGAGAAGCGGUCACCUUACUACUGGGGUAUUUGGAAGAUAAGGACCGCUUUGACUUCUACUCGGGCAAGCCGUUGAAAGCUUUGACUACACUUGUUUACUCGGAUAAUUUGAACUUGUUGAGAAGUGCAGCUUUGGCAUUCGCAGAAAUUACAGAGAAAUACGUUCGUCCAGUCUCCCGUGACGUGUUGGAACCAAUCUUAAUACUCUUACAGAGCCAUGAUCCUCAGAUUCAGGUAGCUGCUUGUGCAGCAUUGGGGAACUUGGCUGUCAACAAUGAUAACAAGCUGUUGAUUGUCGAGAUGGGUGGAUUGGAGCCCUUAAUAAGCCAGAUGAUGGGAAACAAUGUCGAAGUGCAAUGUAAUGCAGUUGGUUGUAUCACUAACCUUGCCACUCAGGAUGACAACAAGCACAAGAUAGCCACUUCAGGUGCUCUGGUGCCCUUGACCAGGUUGGCAAAGUCGAAGCACAUACGUGUGCAGAGAAACGCUACAGGCGCCCUGUUGAACAUGACCCAUUCGGAAGAAAAUAGACGUGAACUGGUAAAUGCUGGGUCUGUGCCUGUGCUUGUGUCAUUACUGUCUUCGCCUGACCCAGACGUUCAGUACUAUUGUACAACUGCAUUAUCUAACAUCGCCGUUGAUGAGUCGAACAGGAAGAAAUUGGCCCAAACAGAACCACGUUUAGUCUCCAAGUUGGUCGCUUUAAUGGAUUCGACUUCUUCAAGAGUUAAAUGUCAAGCCACUUUGGCAUUGAGAAAUUUGGCUUCAGAUACCAGUUACCAAUUAGAGAUUGUAAGAGCAGGUGGUCUCCCACACUUGGUGAAAUUGAUUCAGAGUAACUCUAUGCCCUUGGUGCUUGCCAGUGUUGCUUGUAUUAGGAAUAUUUCGAUCCAUCCACUAAACGAGGGACUAAUAGUGGACGCCGGUUUCUUGAAACCAUUGGUUAAAUUGCUCGAUUUCAAAGAAUCCGAAGAGAUUCAGUGUCAUGCAGUUUCCACCCUGAGAAAUCUGGCUGCAUCAUCAGAAAGAAACCGUAAAGAGUUUUUCGAAAGCGGUGCUGUCGAAAAAUGUAAAGAAUUGGCACUUGAUUCUCCCGUUAGUGUCCAAAGUGAAAUUUCCGCAUGUUUUGCCAUAUUGGCCCUAGCAGAUGUGUCCAAGCUGGAUCUCUUGGAUGCCAACAUUUUGGAUGCCUUGAUUCCAAUGACUUUUUCCAAUAAUCAAGAAGUAUCAGGGAAUGCAGCCGCCGCAUUGGCCAACCUUUGCUCGAGAAUUAACAACUACGCAAGAAUCAUAGAAGCCUGGGAAAAACCAAAGGAUGGCAUUCGUGGAUUCCUCAUUAGAUUCUUGCACAGUGAUUACGCUACAUUUGAACACAUUGCCUUAUGGACAAUACUGCAACUCUUGGAAAGUCAUAACGAUAAAGUAGCCGAAUUGGUUAAGAACGAUCAUGAAAUCAUUAACGGGGUCAAGAGAAUGGCAGACAUAACGUUUAACCGUUUACAAAGAGUAUCACCGGAUUCAAAGAACACCGAAAAUGAUUUGAGCAACUCUAAAUCAUCAGAACCAGUUGAAGACGCCAGCGUGGAAUUGUACAAUAUCACACAACAAAUCCUACAAUUUCUAAAUUAA